GUGAUGAUAAAAAUGAUGGCGACGUGGCGGGUCUUAAUGCUCUUUCUUGUCCUGGCAGUCCUCAGACAAAAAGCUCAUGGGACUGAGAUUGUUAAUGGCAAAAAAGUGCCUGAUCGUUUGAUGCUUUAUAUGGCUUCGGUUCAGAACGACAGGGGUCAGCAUAAAUGUGGGGGAUUUCUCAUCAGCGAAGACUUUGUGGUCACGGCUGCACACUGUGAUAAAAAUAACCCUACAAGUGUUGUACUUGGAACUCACAACCUCAAGAAAGUCGAUGAUGGCACAAUGAGAUAUAACGUAACCCGGUGCAUGCACCCAGAUUUCGACAGUGUUACAUCUGGCAAUGACAUUAUGCUUCUCAAACUGUCUAAGAAAGUGCAACUCAACAACAAUGUGCAGCCGAUUCAAAUACCGAAGGGUGAGAUGAAACUGAAAGAUAAUGCUAAGUGUCGCGUCGUUGGCUGGGGCUCCACAAAAGAGGGUGGUAAAGCUUCCAAUGUGUUGGAAAUGGCUGAAGUGACCUUAACAAAUCUGAAGCGAUGUAAAGCUCAAUGGAGAUCUUCGAAGUUUCCAAACAAUGUGAUCUGUACAGGUGGAGAUAACGCAAAAGCAGGAUUCUGCCAGGGUGAUUCAGGAGGACCUCUAGUGUGUGGAGCGACAGCUGCAGGCGUUGUGUCCUUCAACAGUAGAUGUAACCCAGAUAUCCCUGACGUCUAUACAGACGUAUCAAAAUACGUGUCCUGGAUAAAAAAGAUUCGCAAGCAAAAGCACUGUUAAGUGUAACACUUUAUGC